GGAAAAGCUGCACAGGACCCCGAUUCCGCGUCUGUCCCAUACAGUCUAAGCCAAGGUCUGUCCUCAUUACACAACUGCUUGAUCAGUUUACUUGUUUUGUGUUUGAUAGUUUGUUUUCAUUGACUAUCUCAACCGGAUUUUUAACAGCAGUUGUAAGAACAAAAUGACUGUAGAAGUUGAGAGAAAAUUCGUUUGUGAUGCAGAAAUUAUUGGAAAACUACAAGAUAUUGGAGCUAAAUGCAUCGGUCAGUGGCAGUUCCGAGACCAGUACUUCGACUCACCAAAUUUCAUCCUCACGCUAAAAAAUUUCUGGUUGAGAUGCCGAGAGGGAUUGUGGGAGUUGAAAUGCCCUGCAGUUUCAGGAACUUGUACACCUGAUAAUGACACAGAGACCCUUUGUACACGAUACAGAGAGAUAACCAGUCUCCCUCUGAUUCGGUCAGAAGUCAGCAGGAUAAUCAGGGAACACACCGCUGAAGGCAGUGAAUCAAAUUCCUCACAAAGGGAACAAAUUGACAAAGUCGCAGAAAAUGAGGACACAGAGAUCUGUUCAGCAGAUGACACAAAGUGGCUGAAUGACCUCAAUCUGGUCUGUUUUGCCGAGUUCAAGACCGAGCGCUGCUCUUACACGCUAGAGAGGGAGACCGGUGCAGUGCGGGUGGAUCUGGACCAGGCUGAUUUCGGACAUUGUGUGGGAGAGAUUGAGGUUCUGGUGCCUGAAGGAGGUGACAUGAAUGCAGCUCUGCAGAGGAUUUCAGCCAUUGCUGUAGAACUGGGUUUAAGCUGUGAGAAGAAAGUAAAGGGGAAAAUGCAUGUUUACCUUCAAAGAUAUCGACCUGAACACUAUGAAGAGCUUCUUAGUGCUCAAAUCUUAUAAGGAAUCACUAGUGUGGCAUAUAAUCAGUUUCAUUUAUGAUUCAUC